CUCCUCCUCCUCCCCCUCUUCCUCUCCUCCUGCGUUGUGACUGCAGGAUCGAUCAUUUAAAGGACAGGAUCGAUCAUCAGCAGACGAACCCCCCACAGGGACCUCGGACAGCUCAGACCCGGUCCCGGUGAGUCAUGGACUGGAUGUCGGGCCUCCCGGAGGAGCUGUGGGACGUUCCUCUGACUCACCUGGCGAUUCCAGGGAGCCAUGACACCAUGAGCUUCUGCCUGGACAUCAACUCUCCUCUCGUUCUCUCUGAGUCGGACGUCUUCCGGCUGCUGGACGGAGUCUUCUACUGUUUCACCAGGCCGGCCAUCUUCAGAUGGGCCACCACACAGGACAAAAGCAUUGAGGAUCAGCUCUCGAUGGGGAUUCGGUUCUUUGACCUUCGCGUUGCACACAAACCCAGCGACCCGUCCAGUGAUCUUUACUUCACCCACGUCAUCUACACACAUCUGAGGGUUCUGGAGACCCUGGAGUCCGUCUCCGUCUGGCUGGAGUCUCACCCCAAGGAGGUCGUCAUCCUGGCUUGCAGCCACCUCGAGGGGAUGGACGACAGACUGCACCAGUCCUUCAUCUCCUCCCUGAAGAGGCUGUUCGGGUCCAGGCUCUGCCCCCAGAAGGAAGCCUUGACGCUGCGCCGCCUGUGGUCGUCCGGCCACCAGGUGGUCCUGUCCUACGACUCCCAGUCUGCGGAGGGCCAUGCGGAGCUGUGGCCCCCCAUCCCUUACUGGUGGGCCAACCAGCGCACGGCGCAAGGGGUCACCAGCUACCUGGACUGGAACAAAGACCUGGGCCGUCCAGAGAGUUUCUUCGUGUCCGGCCUCAACCUCACAGCCGACCGCUUCUACGUCGCCGAGAACCCGAAGCAGUCGCUGCGGACGCUGACCUUCAGCAACUGGGAGAGUCUGAGGACGUGGGUGGAGAAGCAGGAGCCGGGGUCCGACCCCAAGAGCCUGAACAUCAUCGCAGGAGACUUCGUGGGUCCGCUUCCUCUCUGCCCGCUGGUCAUCGCACUGAACCAGAAACUACUGCGCAGGAAAAGUUAAAAACUACAAAGAUGCAAAACUACAAAGAGACACAAAAAGAACAAAAGAUGCAUUACCAAAAUGACACAAAACUA